UUUCUCUCUCAGCUUCUCUCUUCACUGUGAAAACCUCAGAUCGCAAAUAUGCACGCACCGGUUCUCGUUCUGAGCGAUUCGUUGAAGCGUGAAUCUGGAAGUAAGGUCCAUCAUGGUAAUAUCCAAGCUUCUAAGGCUGUGGCUGAUAUCAUUCGUACGACAUUGGGUCCUCGUUCUAUGUUGAAGAUGCUUCUUGAUGCUAGUGGAGGGAUUGUUGUUACUAAUGAUGGGAAUGCUAUUCUUCGUGAGCUAGAUGUUGCUCAUCCUGCUGCUAAGUCAAUGAUUGAGUUGAGCCGUACACAAGACGAAGAAGUUGGUGAUGGGACAACGUCUGUUAUUGUUCUAGCUGGAGAAAUGCUUCAUGUUGCAGAAGCAUUUAUUGAGAAGAAUUACCACCCCACAGUCAUAUGCCGAGCUUACAUUAAGGCCCUCGAAGAUUCUAUUGCUGUUCUUGACAAAAUUGCUAUGUCAAUUGAUAUCAAUGACCGUUCGUCAGUGCUAGGAUUAGUCAAGAGCUGCAUAGGGACAAAGUUUACUAGCCAAUUUGGAGAUCUAAUUGCUGAUUUGGCUAUUGAUGCCACUACUACUGUUGGUGUUGAUCUUGGGCAAGGUUUGAGGGAGGUAGACAUUAAAAAGUACAUCAAGGUUGAGAAGGUUCCUGGUGGUCAGUUUGAGGACUCGGAGGUUCUUAAAGGAGUUAUGUUUAACAAAGAUGUCGUUGCUCCUGGUAAAAUGAAAAGAAAGAUUGUCAACCCACGGAUUAUUCUUCUUGAUUGCCCCCUUGAGUACAAGAAAGGUGAAAAUCAAACCAAUGCUGAGUUGGUCAGAGAAGAGGACUGGGAAGUGUUGUUGAAGUUGGAAGAGGAAUACAUCGAGAACAUUUGCGUGCAAAUACUAAAGUUCAAACCUGAUUUAGUUAUUACUGAAAAGGGUCUUAGUGAUUUGGCCUGUCACUAUUUCAGUAAAGCUGGGGUUAGUGCAAUCCGAAGGUUGAGAAAAACUGACAACAACAGAAUCGCCAAGGCUUGUGGAGCAGUAAUUGUGAACAGGCCUGACGAACUUCAGGAGUCUGAUAUCGGUACUGGGGCUGGUUUGUUUGAGGUCAAGAAAAUAGGGGAUGAUUUCUUUUCUUUCAUUGUUGAUUGCAAAGAGCCCAAAGCCUGUACCGUACUCUUAAGGGGACCAAGUAAAGAUUUCAUCAAUGAAGUGGAAAGAAAUUUACAGGAUGCCAUGUCUGUUGCAAGAAACAUUAUCAAAAACCCAAAGCUCGUCCCUGGUGGAGGAGCCACAGAAUUAACCGUUUCUGCCACAUUAAAACAGAAGAGUGCAACAAUCGAAGGCAUAGAAAAGUGGCCUUAUGAAGCAGCUGCCAUUGCUUUCGAGGCUAUUCCACGUACCCUGGCUCAAAACUGUGGGGUUAACGUGAUCCGUACUAUGACUGCAUUGCAAGGGAAGCACGCAAAUGGUGAAAACGCAUGGACUGGUAUUGACGGGAACACUGGUGCAAUAGCUGAUAUGAAAGAGAGCAAGAUAUGGGAUUCUUACAAUGUGAAGGCGCAAACUUUCAAGACGGCUAUAGAAGCUGCAUGUAUGCUUCUAAGAAUCGAUGAUAUAGUGAGUGGAAUCAAGAAGAAGCAAGCUCCUGGAUCUGGACCUUCAAAACCUACCAUUGAGACAGAAGGAGAUGCAGACAACGAACAAAUUCUCCCCGACUAAGCGAAGAGAAACACUUUGGUCUCAGUGUGUAACUCAAUCUCUGUUUUCACUUGUUUUAUGGGUUGCAAUCUCUUUUGGCUAUUAUCGUCCCCUUGACAUAUCUUCUAAUUUCGCAAUUUGACUUAAGUGGGAUAAGAUUUUUGAGGAUGGGGUUUUUUUGUUUGUUUUUGAAUGUUAGCUGUUUUGAAUUUUCGUAGUCACUUUGUUGGUUUUAAGAGUGCUAGUUGUUAUUGUCUUGUUGAAAUUUCUGGC